UGCUAGCGGGACCACCGUGUUCUCUCUCAGUCUGUUUUCUUGCUCCGCAUAUUUUGGUACAAACAUGGCAUUUAUUAUGCUGCAGGCGACGUCUCUGGUGAUCUUGAGCCUCACAUUGUGUGCCGUGUGUGAACGGGAGGCGUCAUAUCUUUCCCAGUUUGCAGGAUGGCAUUACUACAAAGUACCCGUCACGGGAGAAAUGACAUCGACCAACGUGAAGGACACCUGUGAGGCAGCGGGGUACGUGACACCGUGUCCCGGGGACAGCGACUGUCCUCAUUCCUCGUCCUCGUGCGUCGACACAGGCUUAGAUAACUGUAGUGGACCGAUGGAUGACGUAGCCCGGGUCCUGUGUGGUAAUAGCUCUCGCCCAGAUACCUGUGACCAGCUGGACGGUGUGUACCAGUUCAUGAUCAACUGGAGGUCAGACGACGGCGCUUGUGGUGUGGAGUCAGGAAGUUGGUGCACCAGUGGCUCUGGGCGACAAGACAGAUACGCCUUCUGCGCAAGAGACAGGAAUGUUACAAUUGCUGCACACAUCGAUGUAACCACAACCGUCACACCAAGAAAAGAGCCAAAACGAGAGUCGUCCUUUCUGGCUCUUUAUAAGGGUUGGCGCUACUACAAAGUACCUGUAACCGGAGAGAUGACAUCGUCCAACGUGAAGGCUACCUGUGAGGCAGCGGGGUACGUGGCGCCGUGUCCAGGAGACAGCGAGUGUCGGUAUUCCUCGUCCUCGUGUGUCGCCACAGGCUUGAAGGACUGUGGGUUGCCGAUGAAUGACGUAUCCCAAGUCCUGUGUGGUACUACACCAGACGACUGUGCUCAGUUUGACGGUGUGUACCAGUUCACGGACAACUGGGAAUCUGAGGAUGACGCUUGUGGUGUGGAGUCGGGAGGUUGGUGCAAGGUUGGCACUGGGACAGAAGACCGUUAUGCCUUCUGUGCCACAGACCGGAAUGUCACAACCAUUGGCACUGCACCUCAUAAUGCAACCACAAGAGCACCUGAUACAACUGGCGCACAUGGUAAAGCAGAGUCGAAACUAGCGGUGUCAUUUUUGGCUCUUUAUAAUGGAUGGCACUACUACAAAGUACCCGUCACCGGUGCAAUGACAUCGGCCAACGUGAAAGCUACCUGUGAGGCAGCGGGGUACGUGACGCCGUGUCCCGGGGACAGCGAGUGUCGGUAUUCCUCGUCCUCGUGCGUUGUCACAGGUCUGGAGGACUGUAUAAGGCCGAUGAAUGAUAUAUCAAAGGUCCUGUGUGAAUCAGAAUCGACACCGCAUACUUGUGCUCAGCUUGACGGUGUGUACCAGUUCAUGAACAACUGGAAAUCCGAUGAUGACGCUUGUGGCGCAGAGUCAGGAAGAUGGUGCAUUGAAGGCUCUGAGCGACAAGACCGAUACGCCUUCUGUGCAGAAGACCGGAAUGUUACAACGAUUGGUGUUGCCACUCAUGAUACAACCACAGCAGCCCCUGCGUCAACUAUCGCCCAUGAGUCGAAACGAAAGGUGUCAUAUCUGGCCCUUUACAAGGGAUGGCACUACUACAAAGUACCCGUAACCGGAGAAAUGACAUCGUCCAACGUGAAGGCUACCUGUGAGGCAGCGGGGUACGUGGCACCGUGUCCCGGGGACAGCGAGUGUCGGUAUUCCUCGUCCUCGUGUGUCGCCACAGGCUUGAAGGACUGUGGGUUGCCUAUGAAUGACGUAUCCCAAGUCCUGUGUGGGAAUAAACCAAACGACUGUGCUCAGUUUGACGGUGUGUACCAGUUCAUGGACAACUGGGAAUCUGAGGAUGACGCUUGUGGUGUGGAGUCGGGAAGUUGGUGCGAGGUUGGCGCUGGGAAAGAAGACCGUUAUGCCUUCUGUGCCAAAGAUGUUGCAACCGAUGUAGCAACAACACCACCACAUGAUACAACCGUCGGACACGAUGAAGCGCCAAGUAACUGCUGUGGUAACAUACUGCGGCAGGCGACGGAAGUGGUUGAUCAGUUCAGCAACUACCAGGUUCCAGACGGGUGGACCAUGUGCUACAUCGACGGGCGCGACACCGCGUACUACAGAAUCCCUUGUCGGGACCUCAUCCAGGGCAUUCCCGGGUACGAGAAUGCCGAUCAACUGCUCGCAGGCGGAGGAAACUUCGGGUGCUGGCACGGGAACACCGGUGACACUCCUGGACCGGCGUUCGCAAAGAACAACGUGAUCAAGAACAGCUGUAGGGAUGGCGUCCAGCAGAACACCCUGCUGUCCUCGUGGAGCAAAGUGCAAACAACAACACUUGGAGUAUGUAUCAAGGGAAUUACUUGUGACCAACGAAUGAAAGCACCUGAGCCGUCAAAGGAUAUAUCGGCUUCUGUUAAAUGCACCAAUGACUACAUGGAACUGUCCAUUCCUGUGGAUGAACUGACCGACAUCACCCUGAACGACCUUCACUGGGAGCCUGAUCAGAACUGUGGUGCCACAACUAACGGUACUCACUACCUUUUCCGUACAGGUCUGCACGAAUGUGGGACUCAGGUGACUUUUGACCCCAAGUACGUCAUCUUCAGGAACAACAUCAACAUCAUCGGUACUCCUACGACAAACAGUGUCAUCGCCCGGGACGGAGAUAUCAGGAUUACUUCAAAAUGCAAGUACGAGCGUCAGCAAUGGGUGGACUCCACCUUCUUACCCAUCCCUGGAGGCCACGGACUGAACAUUACUGAAGAGGGGUUCGGGCAGCUUGAGGUCCGGCUCUCCAUGUUCCCCACAAGUCAGUACCAGAGUCAGUACCGGGCCAACCAGUUCCCCAUCCACAUCAAACUGCGUCAGCGCGUCUACAUGCAGCUAGAGGCUCAGGGUCACGGCAAGAAAGUAUCUGUGCUGGCGCUGAACUGUAAGGCAACCAUGUCACCUGAACCUAACGACACCCUGCAGUAUCAACUCAUCAACGACGGUUGUGCUUCUGACCCAACCCUGGAUAUCUUCAGUAUCGACGACCCCGGUAAGGAACGCUUUGGUUUUGAGGCGUUCCGCUUCAUCCAGGAGGUGAAGACGGUGUACGUGCACUGUGAGGUGAUGGUCUGUAACGCCGCUGAUCCUGGGUCUCGCUGUGCAAAGGGUUGUGUUUCGAGACGCAAAAGGACCGCAGGCGAGAAAAUCGACAUGAUCGGUCGUCACGUGAUCCGCAUGGGGCCAAUCAUUGUAGACGAUAGCGAAGCAGCUGAAAGCAACCCGCGGGAUCGCCGCAGUGCAGCCUGGUCCCUGCUGGCUGCCGGAGGAGGUCUGAUGGCGCUCGCCCUUGUCGUGCUGGGCGCGGCCAUCGUGCUGAAGCGGUCCCGCCGUGAGGAGUGGGCCUACCAGGGGCUGACUCACGUGGACGAGGAGGGGGAGGAGUAGAGCGGGACUACAGACUAGCGGGGCUGACUUACGUGGGCUAGGAGGGGGAGGAGUAGAGCGGGACUACAGGCUAGCGGGGCUGACUUGCGUGGAGGGGGAGGAGUAGGGAGGGACUAGAGGCUAGCGAGGCUGACUCACGUGGAGGAGGAGGGGAAGAGUAGAGCAAGACAACAUAACAGGCUAGCGAGGCUGACGUCAUGUUUAACCCCAUUACAUCAAGAUGUAGUUUGUGGUUUGAAAAUAUAUCAUCAUGUCACUUCGAUUUACAUAUACAUACUUAUUCAUUAGCAAAACUGACAAAGUACAUAAAACAGACGCAUACGUUGCUGAUAUUGAGAGUCUACAAGUAGGGACAGACAUAUACAUAUACACAUACAUAGGAGUAGCUACCAGCAUGGCCGACAAUGAUUACGCCAUAGUGACGUGAGUAGAAACACCUUAUAUAGAAAAUGAUAUUCCUGGAAUCGAUUACAGAAUUCAAAGGAACGCCAAUCAAAAAACAAUUACACCGAAAAGGGUACUGUAUGAUGUGUCAAAACCUUUAACCUAUAGGUAUGUGAGCAAAUGUACGUUGUACAUACUUGGUACUUUUUAAAGAUCUAUUCCAAUGCCUUACAAAGUUUCCUUUUCUGCAUUGUAACAUGUGUGAUAUGCCUUGUAAUAUUCCAUUGUGAGGGGUGCGUAAUAGCGUGACCUAUGACUAUGACUUGCGACAGACUCUUAGAGCAUAAUAGGGAGACUAAAUUUUCCCCACAACAAAGGAAAUGUCAUCUUAACAAUGGAUUCUGCAAGGAUGAAACGACCAUCGGCCAUUUAGACUCUGGAGUUCAUCAGUUGAUUUAUUUGGAAAUGACAAGUUAAUUGUUAACUCAAGGUAACAGAGGAGUGUUGUAUUGUAUGCACUGUAUGCAUGUAUUGGGGAAUACAUUGGAUCGAGUUGGAAUACAUAUGAAUAAAUGUCGCAAUGACAUCCUUAUCAUA